AUGGAGCUCCCUUCUCGUCCUCUUGGCCGUCAACACAGCAAGUCACAAUCAGCUUUUGCUUUUGACAACACUGCCACUAGUAUAGCUGCUAGUACUAUGAAGAAUGAGUUGAAUCAACUUACUGAGACUGUCAAAGAACCUGAGACCAAGAAGGCUUUCAAGAAGGAAAUGGACAAUUUCUUCAGCCUCUUUAACCGCUACUUGCAAGAGAGCGCUAAGGGUACUGAGAUUGACUGGGAUUUGGUCAAGUCCCCUAAACCCAAACAAGUUGUUGAGUAUGAUACUUUGAAUGACACUACUCUUACUCGCGACUAUUUGAACAAGCUUGCUGUCUUGAAGUUGAACGGUGGUUUGGGUACUACUAUGGGCUGCGUUGGUCCCAAAUCUAUCAUUGAAGUUCGUGAAGGAAACAGCUUUUUGGAUUUGUCCGUCCGUCAAAUCGAACACUUGAACAGAAAGUACAAUGUGAACGUCCCUUUUGUCUUGAUGAACUCUUUCAACACAGACGAGGCUACUGCUAAGCUUAUCAAGAAGUAUGAGGCUCACAAGAUUGAUAUUUUAACUUUUAACCAAUCUCGUUAUCCUCGUGUUCACAAGGAGACUUUGCUCCCUGUUGCUGACUCCAUUGAUUCUCCUAUCGAUCAAUGGUAUCCCCCUGGCCAUGGUGAUGUUUUCGAAGCUCUUUCCAACAGCGGUGUUGUUGACAAGCUCCUUGCUGAGGGUAAGGAAUACUUGUUUGUCAGCAACAUCGACAACUUGGGUGCUGUUGUGGAUUUGAACAUCCUAAACCACAUGGUUGAAACCAAGGCCGAAUACAUAAUGGAAUUGACCAACAAGACUAAAGCCGAUGUUAAGGGUGGUACCUUGAUUGACUAUGAUGGCAAAGUUCGUUUGCUCGAAAUUGCCCAAGUUCCUUCUCAACACGUCGAGGAAUUCAAGUCUAUCAAAAAGUUUAGGUACUUUAACACCAACAAUCUCUGGUUCCAUCUUCCUUCCGUGAAGCGCGUUGUUCAAAACCACGAGCUUUCUAUGGAAAUUAUCCCCAACAACAAGACUAUUAAGCACAAGGGCGAGAACAUUAACAUCGUUCAAUUGGAAACCGCUGCUGGUGCUGCUAUUCGCCAUUUCAAGAACGCUCACGGUGUAAACGUUCCCAGAAGACGUUUCUUGCCUGUUAAGACCUGCUCUGAUUUGCUCCUUGUUAAGUCUGAUCUCUACUCAAUCAAUCAUGGCCAAUUGGACAUGAACCCUCGUCGUUUCGGUGGCUCUGCUCCUCUUGUCAAAUUGGGUACUCACUUCAAGAAGGUUGCCGACUUCACCUCUCAUAUUCCUAGCAUUCCUAAGAUUUUGGAGUUGGACCAUCUUACUAUUACCGGUAACGUCAAUAUUGGUCGUAAUGUGACUCUUAAGGGUACUGUAAUUAUUGUCGCCAGUGACUCUAACACCAUUGACAUUCCUAAUGGCUCCGUCCUUGAAAACUGCGUUAUAACUGGUAAUCUUAACAUUCUCGAACAUUAA